GCACAAAUGAUGGGACAGGAGGAGGGGAGCGAGCAGAGAGCGCGCCGCGUUGUCGUCCUUGCUCUGUUUGUCCACCUCAUGAACUUGGGGCAACAGUCGAACCAACAGGACGGUGGUUUUUCGUUUCUGGAGGAAUGCGAGAGUUGGGAUGGCGUUGGCUGGCAGGACAGAAAUGCAAUGCACUGCGAUGCAACUUCCCCGAACCGCAUGCGCGCAGCUUGACGACAACUCUUCCGAAUCACAUCACACCGCGGCAAUGCUCACAGAAAUUCUUUUCGCUGGCCGACGCCGGGGAUGACUGAGUUCACAUGCACCAAAUCUUCAAUUGCUUGGCUGGCCCGGUAACCAAUCCAGUACAGUACAUUUGCAGUUGCUGUUACUGUUCGUCCAGUAACCCCCCUGAAUUUUGUUUGCUAGCCAUCGGGUGAGACUGUGUUUCCGUAAUUUCUCACGCACGCGAGAUUCGCCCAUCUAGGGCGACACGGCUGGCUGGGCUCCCCAAGCAGGGCUCUGGCUAACAGAGUAAUUACCCUUCAUGU